CUACAAAGCUGGGUGUCACUAGGACAGUAGCAACAAGUAGAAGCAUCAUCGAGGCACAAUUUGACCAGUGCAGCUCAAUUAUCCAUACAAGUCUCGUGGGAACUGCGUCGCUGUUCAAGGACCAUAAUCCCUACGCAUCUUAGUUCAACGCCUCAAAAUGUGGACAAGUCUCAAGGAAAGAGAACAGCUCCUACAGAGGAUCAGUCUUCUUGCUUUACUUGGUGGUAUACGCGAAGGUCUUAAAGCAAAUGAUCUGGUUGCAUCAAGCAGCGGUCAUUCAAUCCUCACAAUAAUGCAGGAAGCAGAGGUUGCCAGCGACCUUGCAUUCCUCUGUCGCCGUCGCCCAGAUCCACAAAGUGUCGCUGCAAUCGGUAUUGAAGAGGAUUUUAAUGGAGAAGGUGUCGUUGUACGACUUUGCUUCAAUGGUAGAGCACUGUACAACAUUGAGUAUGGCCUAAAGAUGAUAUGUAGAUUGCUAGAGAAAGCAGCUCAGCGGCAAAACCCUGAAACCCAGGAUAUCGAGGAACUGCUGAUAAAUGUGGUUAAGCUAGACGUAUCGCGUAUUAUAUCACGCGUCGUGCCGUCUCGCAGAUCUAGCCAGCAUGCCUUGUUACAAAAGGUUUUGCAAAACCCCCAAAAGGACACCGACGGAAGCUCACCCCAGCUCUUUCAAGGACUCCGGAAUUUCCUGCAACUCUGUUUGUCAGUGAAAAGACAAGACACAGGGCAGAAUGAACUCCUCGGUGAAAUUAUCAAAGGAGCUUAUGACAUAACCUUGCAUCCCGAGCUCAGCGCAUCAGUAGCCCACGUCUGUCCGGAUAGAGAAAGCUCAGAAAGGAUCGAGAAUAUGCUCUCAAAGCUCGGACAGUACUUCAGAGCUACUCGCCGUCUCAUAUUGGCAGCUAGACGGAAGCAGUGUCGGCUGUUUCGAUGCAUUCGGGUUGAAACAUUCCAAAUAGAAGUACCAGCUUCGGUGAGAGUAUCUAGCCCGCCUGCCGCCGCCAUUCCAUUGGUUUCGGAUUUGUCCAGCCAUAUAGAUCACUCUAAUCUAUUGAGGCGGUAUCAAGGGUCGAAAAUUAAGGCCUCUGAUGCGUUGAUUAAAAGGCUGAAUGGCACAAGAUCUGCCAUCAAAGUACACGCCGAGAUCAAGCUCCUGUUCUUCUACGAAAUGCAUCCCGAUAUCACCCGGCCACGCAUAAUAGCUGCAAACAAAAGCUCUUGCUACCUCUGUGAUCUUUUCAUCAAAGUGCAUGGCGCAUUCCAGGUCACCAGCACAUAUGGAAUGUUGCAAGAACGCUGGAUUUUGCCGGAAUGGUGCUCAGUGCCAUCAGACGCCGCAGGUCGUUUGAGAGAUGUAGUAAAAAGUUUCAACGCAAUCCUAGACUUGGAAUUAUCGCGGACACUGCGCGGGCGCGUGAGAGGUCCUGAUCCGCUCCAAAGUUUAAUUGCGUUGUCAGCAAAAUGGUCCGAAAUCAGCUGGUCUUCAAAUUCGAAUGCUGCUAUUUCGACAACAAUCUCGCCUGAUACGGAAGCAACUACUUUGCUAGUUGAGGACAUCAGCUUGAGUCCUACGGAUUGUGUUCGCAGACAGCUCGGUUGUAUCAAUGAUUGUUUCUCUCUCCAUUUUUACGAUAACUACUUAGUCCUGUCUGUGGAGAUUACACACAUCGAGGCAAGACAGGACCUGUUGUUUUUGGAGGUGUCUUUAAGUGAAUGGAAAGAUGAGGCGGAGCGGAAGAGGAACGGUAUUCCUGUCAUAGAUCUGGUCGGCAUCAAAGAAGGCGGCAGCGGGACAUUCAGAACUUAUCAGACUGCCUCUGGCAGUACAGUGUACGUGAGCUCUGGAAAGCUGACAGCAUGCAUCUCGGUAUAUCGUAAGAAGUGGCCAGGGAGACUUUCUGCCGAGGUUCUGUGA